CAUAACGUCUUGAAACGUCCCUGCAGGGCAAGAGAGAGAGAGAGAGAGAGAGAGUGGUGAGAGAUGGAGGGAGUUAGGAGAGGAUGUGGGUUUGGCUCUCCUGUCAUGAUGGUGGUGGCGUUCGCUGUGGUGCUACUGGUGGUGGUGGUACCAGAAGUGUCUGCAACUAGAUGGAUUGUAGGAGCUAACAUGGGCUGGACUACUAAUGUAAACUACACUAUUUGGGCUAAGGACAAGCAUUUCUACAAUGGGGAUUGGCUCUUUUUUGUAUAUGACAGGAACCAGAUGAAUGUGCUAGAGGUGAACAAGACAGAUUAUGAGUCAUGUAACUCUGAUCAUCCUCUUCAAAACUGGACUAGGGGAGCUGGAAGAGACGUGGUUCCAUUGAACGUAACACGCAACUACUAUUUCAUCAGUGGUAAAGGGUUCUGUUUUGGUGGAAUGAAGCUAGCUGUUCAUGUUGAAAACCCACCUCCCCCUCCAACAGCUGCCCCCUUGAAUGAGAAGGGUGCUUCUCCAUGUUUCAAUCUCAGAGGCCAGUAUGUUCUCCCAGCUGUUCUUGCCAUUGGUGCUUUGUGGGAUGCAUUUGUCCGCAUCUGGUAGUAUCAUUUUAUAUGACUUUCUUAUGAGUAUCCAUACAACCUCUGACAUUUCUCAACCAAAAUGUGAAGGGAAAUUGAGUUGUCUUCCACAAUUUUUUGUUUUCUCUUGGGGUGUUGUUUUCUUCAUGGUAGUUUGACCUGAUAUUGGGGUUGUGUUGAUUAAGGCAGUGAAUGUUGGCUAAAUCAAACAUCAAGGAUUGCUUACAUUUAUUGAUCAGAUAAUUCAAUGCUUAAAUUGUGCCAA